ACAGUUCAAACGACCAAUACAGCUUUUACAAUAUGUAUAAAAUUAAAAUGGUUUUAAUUUAAUUUCUAUACCAUAAUAGGUUACACAUUAUAUAGAUCGAGUUAAUUAAUCGGUGUGGGGGGCGGCUGUAGUAACUCACCGUCGCAGCGCUGGGCUGUAGCUCUUGAUGGAAGAGAAAGAAGGAGACGGCUGUACCUACCACUUCAAGUUAAAUACCUGAUUGGUUAACAUUGAUUGACAUAUAGUGGUCCCGCCCUCUCGAAAAAAAAAUACAAAAAUACUUAUUAUAAUUGAACAAGAUUAAUUCAAUUUUCUUGUAGUAUGCUGAAUAAACGUGUCAUAAACCGUUAAAUCAAAAGAUAAUUUAUACCUUUAUCCUUUGUUCUCAUGGGUCAAGCAAAGAGUCAGCUCACUAAUGAGGAACUACAAGACUAUCAGGACCUGACGUAUUUUACUAAAAAAGAGGUUCUUUUUGCGCAUCAAAAGUUUAAAGCCUUGGCCCCAGAGAAGGUGGGCCAUAACAAAAAUGCCAAACUGCCCAUGGCCAAAAUACUGUUGUACCCUGAAUUGAGCGUUAAUCCGUUUGGGGAAAGAAUUUGCAAAGUGUUCAGCUCAAGUCAAGAUGGUGAUUGCACCUUCGAAGACUUCUUGGACAUGAUGUCAGUAUUUUCCGAGGCAGCUCCAAAGUCUGUAAAGGCGGAGCAUGCAUUUAGGAUAUUUGACUUUGAUGGAGAUGAUAUGCUAGGUGUCUCUGACUUGAGGCAAGUUAUAAGCUCUCUAACUGGAGAGAAUAAAUUGAAUGAAUCUGAUCUCAAUAUGCUGGUGCAAAAUAUUCUGGAAGAAGCCGAUUUGGAUGAUGAUGGAGCUCUUUCAUUUGCAGAAUUCGAACAUAUUAUUGAUAGAUCUUCUGAUUUUUUAAACUCAUUCCGAAUAAGGCUAUAAAUGAAGAACCUGACAUAAUACUUAACAUAAUUUAGAAUCUCUGCACUUUCUUUAAAAAAGACUUUUUAUGUGAUAUUUAUGUUCUUGUAAUAGUUUUUAGGUGCCAAAGAAUUAAAUGUCUUGCAUUUACUGUGUAGAAAAGUGUUUUAAUUAAAAUUCACAAAUGUAUUUUUAAGUUUUACUUUAAACCUAAUUCUGUAAAUA